UUUUGGGAGUAAUGCUACUACUUUUUGUCAUAAGUAUCACUGGCUUUUUCAUCAUGUGGUUUACAGAGUACUACAACAACACAAUGCUUUCGCAAAUAGUUUUAAAAAAUAAUUCUGAGAUAGCGCGAAAUUGGAUGGAUCCAGAUCCUAAAUAUGACACACUAUUGAAAGUACACAUAUUCAACUACACAAAUAUUGAUAACUAUUUGGCUGGAAUCGAUGAUAAAAUUAAAGUGGAGGACAUAGGGCCUCUAACGUAUAAAGAACAUACAACUAAAGUUGAUGUUUCAUUUAAUCAAAAUUACACCGUCACCUUCAGGGAUCAUAGGUCGUAUGAGUUUCUGCCUGAGAAAUCUAGUUGCGGAGAAUUCGACAUAUUUGUUCUUCCAAAUGUGCCCCUCAUAAGCGCGUCUACCAAAUUGGAAAACAUGAAUAUGUUUAAGAAAAUUUUUGCAGUAAAAUUAAUUAAUGGACUUAAUGAAAACGCCUUCAAGCCACUUACCGCACAUGAUUUUUUAUGGGGAUAUCGUGAUCGAAUAGUUUCUAUGGAUUUUGGAACGGGCUCCACACACUUUGGUUUGUUAAUGAAUCGAAAUGGUACAAGCGUUGAUUCCUUACAAAUAAAUACGGGCGAAGAUAAUAUUCGCAAAUUCAGCAUCAUAACCCAAUUUAAUGGAAAACCACUUUUGGAUUUUUGGAGCGAAGAAGAAUGCAACCGCAUUGAUGGCUCGGACGCUUCGAUGUUUCCUCCGCAUAUCUUAGAUAAUAGAGACGAUUUACAAGUUUUUCUACAAGUACUUUGCAGAAAAAUACCAUUACAUUUUGAGAAGGAAGUUACGAUUUUUAACAACAUUGAUGCAUUACGUUAUCGCACCACAUUGAAUGUGUUUUCUAGCCCGGAUGAAAAUCCAUUGAACGCAUGUUAUUGUCGUAAUACUCAAGUUUGCUUACCCAGUGGAGUAAUUAAUGCUACAAAGUGCUACAACGGAGCUCCAAUAUUUCCCUCUUUUCCCCAUUUCUUUUCCGGUAAUCCCGAUAUUUAUAAGGACUUUGAAGGAAUCAAGCCUAUACAGGAACUACAUCAAACCUAUGCGGAUAUUCACCCACGAUUUGCAUUUCCAAUAAGUGGAGCAUCCCGAAUACAAAUAAACAUUGCAGUUCAUAAGGGACCGAUUUUAAAAAAUAAAAUUGAUCGAAUAAAGGUGUCAACUAUCUUACCGCUGAUAUGGAUUGAAAUAACGUCAGGUGACUUCACCGAUGAAAUAAUUGAAAAUCUUUAUAUAAGUACAUUUGGUUUGAACGCAAUACAAUAUGCACUGAAAUAUGGAACACUAUUUGCUUGUAUAAUUUCAUUUGCACUCAUCGUUGGUGGAUUUUAUAAUCUAACACAAAAGCGGAGGCAGCACCCGGUACCGAUUCAAAGUAAAAACGAUGCCUAAAAUAUACAUUAGACCGCGUCAAAAAAAAAUCCUGCAAUGCGACCGGCAUAAGACUCAAAUUUUUGAAUUUGGUAUAGUAAUGAUCCUCUAUGAAUCUCCGCUCUUUAGGACCAUUCUAAGAGGCCCCAGGUCGAUUCUUUAGUUUGCCCAUAGGAAUUACACGUAAGAAAAUGAGUUAUUUCCUUUUGAGGUCAAUAUAAUUUUCUGGGAUG